GGUGCCCCCUGCACCGCCUUCACGCUCGUACGUUAUUCCUGCCCACUCGGAAGGAGGUGCACAUCGACCGGGGCCGUUGUGAAACUUUUUUCUGAGCUGGUCACGGUGCAACCACCGGAUCGCGAUCACACUGCCCGUUACCUUAGCGUGUUUAGCCGCUGAGUUGCUUCCUCCCUGAAGAAUGCCAUCAUUCUUUCAUAAAUUGGCCUGCGGGCUAUGCGGAGAACGUUCUGCUCCUCUCACUCCUCAUGAUGCUCCAAUCCCUGCAAACCACCUUCUGAGACCGAUUUCCCCAGAAAACACGAUGGUUGGCGCUCAGCUCAACGGGUUGCAGGUGAUCCAUGAUGGCACUAAGAACUGUCGGCCGGACUCGAACGGCUCAUAUCGUGCAGCCAUCACUAUCAAAAACCAGAACCCCAGAGGCACCGACCCCAUCAUCUUUAAAAUGAUGGUGAAUGUGCACAAUGUUUAUGUCCGGCCAAACCGCGGCCUGCUGAUGCCUGGAGAUCUGCUCUCGGUCCAGGUUCGGAAAGACGAGGAUUCUAAAAAUGCUCAAGAAAAACCACCAUCGAGGAAAUCUCCCAAACUUUUAGUCAAGAGUACCUUCGUUCCUCCGCGACUGCUGCGGAGAUAUGGGGAGCACAAUCUUGUGGACAUAUGGAACCACAUUGAAAGAGAUGGCUACACGCAAUACGAAACCUGGUGCAUCCGGUUACCUAAACCCAGAACUGCCACACCAUCCCACCAUACGGCCCCCUCCAUCCAUUCGUCCAUUACCCCAUCGUAUGCCCCAAAUGCGAACAACCCAAACUCGGAAAGCCUGGAAAUCGCCCGUCUACGACAAGAAAAUGCUCAGCUGAAGGAGCAAGUGGCAUCCAUGCGCAAUGGCGUUAACCUUAGCAACACCAAUUUAUCGCUAUAUCCAGUUGUUUCUGAUAUUGGCGCAAUUGGUCCCCGAUAUUACCCUCCUCAUGCUCCCCAACCCCAGGUAAUACAAUCACCACAAUCAGAUCAAAUCAGUUUGGCGGGUACGGACAUGGAUUACUUCGACGCCCCCGUGCCAAGUUAUGAGGAAGCAACAGGGCGGUCUUCUGGUAUACGACGUCUACCACAGAUAUAGCCCAUAUGCAUAUUGGGUUUAGGGAAUAUCUGACGGCAUCGCUUUAUAUUUGGGUUUUGGGACCAUCUCACCUUGCAUUAGUAUUGUAUCACCCAACUAUUUCACGUAUACCCUAUCUACAUGUUCCUUCCUGAACUUUCUUGUUACUCCUGGGGCUGUAUUCAAUGCGUAUGUCACUGUUGUUCAUUAGUGUUGUGCUGUGGGCAAUAAAUUCGGC